GCAUGAAAGCUAAUGAAUUCCCCUUCUCGUCAUAAGGUUGUUGAACAUUUUAAAAAAGUGUGUUUCCUGUCAGCGGUGCCGGUUGAACUCCUCAUAAAGGAAACUACGCAAAUAAUUCUGCGUAAUACCGCAUAUCUGUUACAAAUAAGUGAGCUUUUAGCUGCAAAAGCCAACUCAGUAGCGUAAUUAGUGUUUGAUUACUUGUUGAUUGUGUUUGAGUUCGUGUAAAUGAAAAUGCACAAGACUGCGGAGCAAGAUGAUACUUUGUAUAUUACGCGGCUCGAUGGCAUGAAUUAUGACUCUUUUUUUGAGGGCAGUUUCAGCAGUGAAUUUGAUAACAUGAAUGUUAUUGGAAAUGGUGCGCAAGGAACGGUGUACAAAGCAAGGGAGAAAGCAACGGGUAAAUAUGUGGCUUUGAAGAGAUUCAAAAUAUCGGUUACCGAAGACGGCCUACCAUCUUCCGCAAUGCGAGAAAUCACUGCGUUAAAGCAUCUUCAUUAUCAUGAGCAUCCGAAUAUAGUGAGAUUAUUAGAUACAUGCCAAGGACGAUGCAGGGAUACAUCGCUAGUAUUACUUUUGGUUUUUGAACAUAUCGAUCAAAAUUUGGCAGAUUAUAUUACCAAGUCACGGUUCAACGGUGAACUAGAACCACAUCUUAUUAAAAACUUCUCGAAACAACUUCUUAAUGGAGUCGACUUCUUGCAUUCUCAUCGGAUUGUGCAUAGAGAUCUGAAACCACAGAAUAUUCUGAUAUCGGAUAGUGGCCAGUUGAAAGUUGCAGAUUUUGGCCUAGCUAGGAUAUAUGACUAUGAAAUGAGGCUCACCUCAUUGGUUCAAACACUCUGGUAUCGAGCCCCAGAAGUUAUUUUAGGACUAUCAUACACUACUUCUGUAGAUAUAUGGGCUUGUGGUUGUAUCAUAGCAGAAAUGUAUCUGAAGAAACCGUUGUUUCCCGGUAGCUCGGAAGUUGAUCAGUUGGACAGAAUUUUCCAAAUCGUAGGCACGCCUUCGAAUGAAAACUGGCCUGAAAAUGUAUCCUUGGAAAGAAGCGAAUUCCAAAAUUGGCCUACUGUGUGUUUGAGGUCACUUAUUCAGAGGUUGUGUGUUACAGGUUCAGAGUUAAUAACCAGCAUGUUAUCAUUCAAUCCUAGUAAGCGAAUCAAUGCACGGGAUUCAUUAGUUCAUCCGUAUUUCGAUGACGUUAAAGGGAAUGAGAAUUGAUCUUAGAGAACAAAUCAAGGGGCAAUAUUAAUGUUAAGUGAAACUUAUUUUUAGCAGAAUCUGCAACAUGGUAAUGUUUGCCGACAGCAUGAUUUUAUUACCAGUCAUAUCAAUGCAUUUAAGAGGCUUUCUGGUAUGAAAGUACAUUAUAAAUUGAUUAAUUUAUUAUAUAUAUUAAAUUAUUUGAUUGGUCACCAAGUUGUUGUGCAUUUGUUUUUUUUUUACGUUUGUAAAAACUGGGUUUUUGUAGUUAUUACUUUUUCGUAUUAAUUCACAAUUAUUUCUUAGUUCCUUACUAUAAUAUUAAGAUUUAAAAACAAGCGAAGUAUCCUAACUUGUAUGUUUUUUCAAUUAACUUCCAGGCAAAGUAGGCUAGGUAGUAACUAAAGUAAUUAAUAUUUUACUAUUUGGUACAAAUUUAUAUUGAACUGUCAGGAAUUAGUCUUAGCGUAAUUUAAUUAUGGUUAUUGUUCUAUUUAUUUGCCUAUAAUUUUCUCGAACAUCUGAUCUUAUUAAUUUUUUCCUUAGCAAUGCCUGGGAAAAUUAUAUUGUUACCAAAAUAUUUUCAUUAAUGAAACUGUAUUCAAUACUGAAAUGAAUUCCUGAGGAAAAUACUAAAAAGAUAUCGUUUCUUACUGUGCGUAUUUUUAUUGUCGUUUCGAUAAUAAUCGUUCAUCUUUUCUAUAAACAUGGUACCUACUAUCUAGAAAUGAUGCUUACAAUACUGAACGCAUUAUCUAGACUUAAUUACAUUAUUUGUAAUGAAUAUACGUAUAUGUGUAAGAUUUUGAUUUUAAUCGGAUAUUUAGUUCGUAAAUAAAUGUUCGAUUGCAUUCGCA